UUAACCUGUUUGCAGCACUAUCUGUGUUCCUUGCUACGAACAUCAUGCCUCGUGGCCAGAAGAGCAAGCUCCGUGCCCGGGAGAAGCGUCGCCAGGUCCGUGCUCAAAAUGCACUGGAGGAACAGGCCUCUCCAGGUCCUUUCUAUGAGUAUCCACAUCAAUCUGUUUCUGAUGCUGGUAUGCCUACACCUCCCGACAUGCUGCAGGGAGCACACUGUACCAUUUCAGACACUACAGGUGCCCGAAACCAAGAUGAGAAAAGUUCAGAUGACUCUGAUGACACUGUGGCCUGGAAUAAAGAUCCUAUAAACCGCAAAGUAGUCUUACUGGUGCAGUUCCUGAUGGAUAAGUAUCAAAAGAAAGAGGUUAUUACAAAGGCAGAUAUGCUGAAAUCUGUUGUCAAAACAUCGAAAAAUGACUUCAGUGAGAUCCUAAAGAGAGCCUCAGAGCACAUGGAACUAGCUUUUGGUGUUGAUCUGAAGGAAGUGGAUCCUAUCAGGCACUGCUAUGCCCUUUUCAACAAACUAGAACGUACCUUUGAUGGAGUGAAGGGUGAGGAAAAUAUGCCCAAUACUGGCCUAUUAAUGAUGGUGCUGGGUGUGAUCUUCAUGAAAAAUAACUGUGCCUCUGAAAAGGAUAUCUGGGAUGUGCUGAAUAUGAUGGGUGUAUAUGCUAACAGAAAACACUUCAUCUACGGAGAUCCUAAGAAAGUUAUCACUGAAGAUUUGGUAAGGCUGAAGUACUUGGAGUCCCGAAAAGUGCCCAACAGCAAUCCUCCAUCCUUUGAAUUCACAUGGGGUUCUAGAGCCCAGGCUGAAAUCAGCAAGAUGAAAAUCCUGGAGUUUUGGGCCAAGAUCCAUGAUACUACACCAGAUGCCUUUGAAGCCUUGUAUGAAAUAGCUGUGAAAGAUGAGGAAGAAAGAGCUCGAGCCAGGUCUGCAGCCAGGGCUCGCACUGCUGCUAUGGCCAGUUCACAUUCAAAAACCAUCACCAGCAGCUCCUCUCAGGCUAAGUAA